UGCUCAGCCCAGCACUGGGAGUCUGCACAGCAGGACGACGGGGGUGGGGCUCAGGACCCGAUGGUCAGGAAGUGCCCGAGAGGUGUGUUUCACUCCUCAAUGAUACUUUGUUGAUUUCUAGGCGCUCGGACUGCACUGCCUAGCCCAGAGAGGGAGGACCUAUUUUAUUCACCUGUUUUCCAGGUGUGGCCCCGGGGACUGCUGGGAGUUUCUUCUUUCUUUUUCUCCCCGCCUCUUUCAGUGCCUUGGGGUCCCCAAAGACGCCACUAUGAGCAAGUUGGGCAGGUUUUUCAAAAGGGGAGAUUCCUCCAAAGGCAAGGCCGUUCCUAGCCCCCAGGAGGCCUUGGCCCGACUCCGGGAGACCGAGGAGAUUCUGGGCAAGAAACAAGAGUACUUGGAAACCAGGAUCCAGAAAGAACUCGCCCUGGCCAAGAAGCACGGGACACAGAAUAAGCGAGCGGCAUUACAGGCACUAAAGAGAAAGAAGAGGCUUGAGAAACACUUAACUCAGAUUGAUGGCACACUUUCCACCAUUGAGUUCCAGAGAGAAGCCCUGGAAAAUUCCCAUACCAACACAGAAGUGUUGAGGAACAUGGGCUUUGCUGCAAAAGCUAUGAAAGCAGUUCAUGAAAAUAUGGACAUUAACAAAAUAGAUGAUCUGAUGCAAGAGAUUACAGAACAGCAGGAUAUCGCCCAGGAAAUCUCAGAAGCAUUUUCUCAGCGAGUUGGAUUUGGUGAUGAUUUUGAUGAGGAUGAACUGAUGGCAGAACUUGAAGAAUUGGAGCAGGAGGAAUUAAAUAAGAAGAUGACAAAUAUCAGACUUCCAAAUGUGCCCUCAACCUCAUUGCCAUCACACCCUGGUAGGCUGCCAAAUGUACCAUCUACUUCACAUCGAUCUCGAGCAGCAUCUUCCAGGAGGAAAGAAGAUGAAGAUGACAUAAAACAGCUGGCAGCUUGGGCUUCUUAAGGCCGAACUAUAAAAAAUGUUUUGAAUGGAGUUUGGUUAAUACACACCUACACCUUCUCUCCCCCCUCAUAUACAUACUGAGGUCUAUAAUACAAAGAUUAUUUUUCAUUGUUUUAGGCCUUAUUUGCUAAAAAUUCUGUUCAUGAACCUCUGACAUGCAGGAAUCCACAUACUUCACUUGAGGAGUGGAAAUGUUAGAAGCCAUUUAACAGUUUGCAAGUGGCUUAAGAGUAUGUAUGUAUAUGUACAUGGGCAUAUGUGUGUGACACUUGUCAGUACACUCACAUGUAGGUAUUUGAAUAUCUACUAAAAGAAGUCUGGGAUAUGAUAAUCUUUAGAAGAGUGUGUACAUCCUUGAUCAAAUUCCAAUAUAGUCUGUAGAUAUACUAAUUACGCUUGAGUAAUUUAAAAACUUAAAGAUUCUUUAAAUUGACUUUUAAUGUCAUUUAUGUUUUAAAUUAGGCAAAAUAUAGAGUAGAUUAUAUAGAUUAUUAACAGUGAUUGCUGUUGGGCCAGGUUUUCAUGGGUAUGAUUUAGAAUUGGGAGGCUGUAUUAAUAUUUGCAGUCUGUUUGGACACAUUAUUGUUUCAGUGUACUCAUUUUAGUAAUUCUCAUUCUUUUUCAGUUCUUAUUUGAUUCAUGCUUGUAAAUUUGUUUCAAAAUUAUAACGUAGUCCUUGUAAAUAUAUGUAAGGGUAAAUCUAUAUAAAUAAAAAUUACUUGUGAAAACAA